CGGGCGAAGUGCGUGCCGGCCGACCUGGGCACGGCCGCCGGGCUGCAGCGGGUGCGGGACGCCGUGCGGGACCUGCCGGGGGAGGCUGGGCUGGAGCGGCUGCUCCUCAUCAACAACGCGGGGUCUCUUGGAGACGUUUCCAAAUUCUUUGUGGAUUUUACCAGCCCGGACGAAGUCAACAGCUACUUGGCCUUCAAUGUCACCUCAGCACUUUGCCUCACUUCCUCUAUCCUCAAGGCCUUUGGAAAACGCCCCGGUUUGCACAGAACAGUCGUUAACAUCUCUUCGUUGUGUGCCCUGAAGCCCUUCAAGAGCUGGACGUUGUAUUGCACUGGAAAGGCCUCGCGAGACAUGAUGUUCCAGGUCCUGGCACUUGAAGAGCCAGACGUUCGAGUUCUCAACUAUGCCCCAGGUCCUCUGGAUACAGACAUGCAGGAGCUGGCUCGCACCCAGACGGGAGAUGCUGAAUUGCGCCAGUUCUUCCUUGACCAUAAGGAGAGCGGGCAGCUGCUGGACUGCAGCGUGUCCGCCCAGAAGUUAGUGACCCUUCUGCUGGAUGACACGUUCACCUCCGGGGUGCACAUAGACUUCUACGAAAGCUGAACGUUCGCCCUCUUUGCUUCUCUCCCCAGUGCUGAGUUUUCUGCUGCUUAGUUGCCUGUAAAACACCUACUUUCCAGAAGCCUUCGUGCAAUGGGUGUGAAUAUCUGCGUCACAGGGGAGCUGCAGUUUUCAUAGCAUCUUUCAUCUGAGGGUCUCUGGGGGCUUUGCGAAUACGAACUGAACCUCCCAGCAGCAUGAUAGGGGUGGGGAAGACUUAUUCUGUCCUUUGUGACAAACAGAGACAGAGAAUGGAUGCUUAUGGCCAAAAUCAGCAAAGUCUGAUUUCUGUCCUGAGGAGCUGACAAACAUCCAGUCCUCCUGCUGCUCUGCCUGGGUCAGUGCCCCCCUGCACAGAACAGCAUAUGGGAUCAGGGAUUUAAAGGCAAGUGGAAGAGACACGGAGAUGUUUGCGAGGGAAGUGGAGGAUUGGGGUAACAGAGCUGUACUCUCUCGUGGCACAUGGAUAGGGAGCGACAUAUCUACAGACACUACAGAGCUUUGCUGGGAACGCCCAUUCUGCCAGCAAAGCUGAAUGCAUCUCCACUCAGCACGCCUCUUGGGUGGCAGGUGUGGUGAUCAGAGCGGCAUUGCUUCUUUUAAAUUCCUUAUCUUCAGUCCCUGCCUCUUUUCCUUCUACUUCAGGCUUUUAGGCAUGUUGAAGGUAUCGGUCAUGCCCUCUUUAUACCCGUCUCUUCCUCCGUGCUUAGCGUGUAAUUCGAAAAAGAGUGGAGCUGUGUGCCUUUGAAAUUGAUUUUUUGUGAUCAGACUCUUACUGAUUUGCAUUUCCUCCAUCUUCUGCGAAACAUGUACCAUUGCUGGAAAAAAAUAAAAAAAAGAGGAGGUU